AUUGGCCUACAAUUUGUACCCAAUUUCGGGGGGAGGGUUGGAGAUUCACCAGUUGAUGAAAUUCAAUCAAGCUCUCUUGGGCAAGUGGUUGUGGAGGUAUUAAAAUGAAAGGGAGGCACUUUGGAAGUCCGUCAUAGAUUCUCAAUUUGGGGAAGCUUGGGGUGGCUGGUGCUCGAAUGAGGUACGCGAUUCUCAUGGAGUGGGUUUGUGGAAAAACAUUAGAAGCCAUUGGCGGACCUUCCGGGGUCAUGAACAUUUUGUGGUAGGCGAUGGUUCGCGUGUCCCUUUUUGGCUUGAUAUAUGGUGUGGCAACCUCUGUUUACGAGAUACCUUCCCUGCCAUCUUUGCUCUUGCUAGAGUCAAAUGGCGCCCCUCAAUGGAAUGUGGAUUUCAUUAGGGCAGCUCAUGAUUGGGAAUUGGAGUCUUUUACGGAGUUCUUUGCAGCUUUAUAUUCCACAAGUAUUCAAAGGGGUUCCAGAGACAAGAUGCUUUGGAAUCUUUCUAAGAAAGGUACUUUCUCUGUCAGUUCUUUUUACCAUAAGCUCACGAACCCUGGUUUGUCGAUGUUCUUGUGGAAGAGCAUAUGGAAGACGAAAGCUCCUUCAAAAGCAGCUUUCUUUGUCUGGACAGCUUCUUUGGACAAGAUUCUCACUACAGAUAAUUUGAGGAAACGUCAGGUUGUUGUCUUAGAUUGGUGUUGUAUGCGUAAAAAGCAUGAGGAGUCAGUUGAUCACCUACUUCUUCACUGCGAGGUGGUCAAGGUUAUAUGGGAUGAUGUCUUCUUAAGAGUCAAAUUGUCUUGGGUUAUGCCUUGUAGAUUGGUGGACUUUCUAGCAAGUUGGAGAGGCCUUCAUGGUGAUUCUCAGGUAGCGGCAAUUUGGAGAUUGGUACCAAUAUGCUUGUGUUGGUGUGUUUGGAGUGAGAGAAAUGCUAGAUGUUUUGAUGAUCAUGAGAGAACUUUGUCUGAGCUUAAAGCUUUCUUUUUUAAGUCAUUGUUCCUAUGGGCGGGGGCUAUAGUUUGUAAUGGAUCUAGUGUCCAUGAUCUUCUCCUUUCUAUUGUAACCUCUAGCUAGGCGUUUUUUCAUGUAUACUUCCUGUGUACCUGGGCCUUGCCUAGUUCUAUGAAUACAAUCUCUUUGAUUACUUAUAAAAAAAAUAUAUAUUUAAAG